CGCGGAGCGGAGAGCGGCGGCGGCGGCGGAGGCGGCGCGGGCUCGACGGGGCACCGGAUCUUCGCCGUGAGCCUCGGGCUCGGGCCUGGAGCGGCGGCGGCGGCGGCGGCGCCGCGAAGCCACGAGCGAGAGGGAUGGCCGAGUCGCCGCCGCCCGGCGCGGCUGCUGAAAGUUGCGGCGGGGACCCGGCGAGGGGCGGGGAGCGGAGACCCGAGGAGCCGGAGCCGCCGAGCGGUGCUGCCGCCUGCGGAGGGGCCCGGGAGGACGAGGCGGGGCCCUCGGAGCCGGACUCGCCGGUGGCCGCCCCCUUCUUCCUGCUGUACCCGGGCGAUGGAGCAGCGGGCUUUGCAGCGCGCCCGCCGCCGCAGCGCGCCUGGAGGACCCCGCCGUCGCCCGGCUCCCCGCUGCCCUUCCUGCUGCUGAGCUACCCGAGCGGCGGCGGCGGCGGCGGCGCCAAACACCAUCCUAAUUAUCUCAUGGCUAACGAACGCAUGAACCUGAUGAACAUGGCAAAGCUGAGUAUCAAGGGCUUGAUUGAGUCGGCUUUGAACUUGGGACGGACCCUGGACUCUGACUACGCUCCUCUGCAGCAGUUCUUCGUGGUGAUGGAGCACUGCCUGAAACACGGCUUGAAAGCCAAGAAAACUUUUCUUGGACAAAAUAAAUCCUUCUGGGGUCCCCUAGAGCUGGUAGAAAAGCUUGUUCCCGAAGCUGCAGAGAUAACAGCAAGUGUCAAAGAUCUCCCAGGACUCAAGACACCAGUGGGCAGAGGAAGAGCCUGGCUUCGUUUGGCGUUAAUGCAAAAGAAGCUUUCUGAGUAUAUGAAAGCUUUGAUCAAUAAGAAGGAACUUCUCAGUGAGUUCUAUGAAGCCAAUGCCCUCAUGAUGGAAGAAGAAGGAGCUAUUAUUGCUGGUCUGCUGGUGGGUCUGAACGUCAUUGAUGCCAACUUCUGCAUGAAAGGAGAAGACCUGGACUCUCAGGUUGGAGUUAUAGAUUUUUCAAUGUAUCUAAAAGAUGGAAACAGCAGUAAAGGUAGUGAAGGGGAUGGACAGAUUACCGCAAUUCUAGACCAGAAGAACUACGUAGAAGAACUCAAUAGACAUCUGAAUGCUACUGUAAACAACCUUCAGACAAAAGUAGAUUUGUUAGAAAAAUCCAACACGAAAUUGACAGAGGAGCUUGCUGUUGCCAACAACAGAAUUAUUACCUUACAAGAAGAAAUGGAACGAGUUAAAGAAGAAAGCUCCUAUCUACUGGAAUCCAGUCGGAAGGGUCCUAAGCAAGACAGAACUGCAGAAGGGCAAGCGCUGAGUGAAGCAAGAAAGCAUUUAAAGGAGGAGACACAGCUACGGCUGGACGUUGAAAAGGAGCUGGAGCUCCAGAUAAGCAUGAGACAGGAGAUGGAACUGGCUAUGAAGAUGCUGGAGAAGGAUGUCUGUGAGAAGCAGGAUGCCCUGGUGUCCCUGCGGCAGCAGCUGGAUGAUCUCCGGGCUCUCAAGCACGAACUUGCCUUUAAGCUGCAGAGUUCAGACCUAGGAGUAAAACAAAAAAGUGAAUUAAACAGUCGCUUGGAAGAAAAGACCAAUCAGAUGGCUGCCACCAUUAAACAACUGGAGCAAAGUGAAAAAGAUUUGGUGAAACAGGCAAAGACCUUAAAUAGUGCAGCAAAUAAACUGAUCCCAAAACAUCAUUAGACAUUUUGCAGUUGAUCAACUCACAAGUCUGAUGCUACAAAUUAACUAUAGGGAGAAAUCUGAAAUUCCUACAUUUAAGCUCUGAUCCUAUAUAAAAUAUCACCAAAAGUUGACCCAGAAUUUGUAGGACUUUACAUACAUAGUGAGCUUUAUAGGUUGGGUUUUGUUGUUGCUGCUGCUGUUGUGUUCUCCCCGAGUUAGAAUUUUUCAUAUGGGUCCCUCACUAAAUACCAAAUAAACUUUGAGAAAUAUUUCUGAGUUGAACAGUAAAUCAACAGACCAUUCCUAGGAAGCCGGGGAAUGGAAGCACUGCACACGUGUGUGCUUGACAGUGACCAUACGGUAGGAGCACCUGUGUCCCCACCUGUGAGCCUGCUCUUGGCAGUGUAGUGGUGAGCAGGCAUCACCUGGUGACCCAGGACUCUCUAAAACAGCUCUGUCUCUUAGGCCACAGCCCCUUUUCUUUUGCCUUGUGUAGGUUUAAUCCCCAACCCAAGAUAAGUACUUACUCUUUCAUUACAGUUCUGUUCUCAGUGACCAAGAUUGCUUGCAAUUUAUUUUUGCCUUAGUGAUUUUGGACAAAAAAAAAAAAAAAAAAAAAAGCAGCAUCUUUGCAUUUCUUUAAAGUACUUAGAAACAAAGUAGUGCUUAGGUUACUCAAUAUCACAGUGUGGAAGCUUGAGAAACCCUCUUAACGUGUGUCAUCUUCUACCUCUGCCCUUCUCUGUCAUUCUACUUACUACUGAGGUAGCUCAAGGAGAACUUAAUACAAAUACGAUUUUCAAAUCUCCCCUGCAUUUCCUACUGGAAUACUGAAGCCACAGUGCAGUCAUGAGUCAUGACUUCCUGCCCAUCAUUCUCACCCGGAACACUUACCCAAAAGCUUCUAUCACUUAUUCUGUAAUGGGAAUUUGCUAAAGGUUCUGGGAAACUAACCUAGUUACUAAAAAAAAAACAUUUCCAAUGAGAAAUAAGUAAAACACUGGCAUUAUUGUUUAGUAUCAAAAUAAAAAUCCUCAAUAGAUAGUCACAAGCAAUACUAGCAGGGCUUGUUUUUCUAAGUGACCACAGAUUUAAUCCUUUUUAGGGUCUACAUUGUAAAUAAUCUUAUAAAUACUUUGAUUUAAAAAAAACAACUAUUUUUGAUUUGGGGAGGCAGGCUUUUAUAUACAUGAGCCUUUACUCCAUCCAGCUAUUGGCACAAUGCCCAGGGUCUUUUUCCAUAUUUCUGUCACUCCUCCUGGCAUGCUAUGUAGCAUUGCCUGUGCUAACGGAGAGGCAAAGAUAAUCCCUUUGCUUUCUGCUCUUCAAAUUCUUUACCUUCUUGGCACAGCAGAAUGAAGAGUACAGCAGAGUUCAUGUGUUCUUGUGGGUCCUCAAAGGGCCUGUGUUAGAGGCCACUUCAUGGUCGAUUCUGUGCCCUUGAACUCAUUUUAAUUCUUAUAAUUUUGCACCUGUAUAAAUAAAGCUCCUACUGCAUUCUGCUGUUCAUCAGCCUUUUAUGGUGAUGAGUUGCCUUUUACAUGAACAUCUAAAAAGAAUAAUCAAAUGAAUAAAAGUUAGAUUUACACAUAGCAUGCCUCUAAAUUCUAUUAUAGAAAGCCUCAAAUAUUUUACCUUCAAAAACAUGAUUCUCUAUAGGUGCAAAGUUAUAAGACAUUUAGAAGAAAGCAUCCGUGAAAAUCUUCCAGAGAUAUGGUCAAGAGCCUUAGGAACCCCAGUGCUGAGUUCUUUGUCUGCUUGGUCACACACCACCUGAUAGGGAUGGAAAGGAGAGAGACAGCCAGACUCUCAGAGAGGCUUGUCCUUGUGGAAUAAUGUGAAGCCAGGGCAAGGCUUACUAUAGAAUGUCCUCCAGCUUCCUGUGGUCCAGGGAAGGAUCAGGAAAUCGUGAAAAACCCACGUGAGAAGGCAGCUGUGCCUACAUGCUCCAGCUGUAUGUGGAAGACAGAAGGAUGAAGUACCAGAGUGUUAGGAAAGAAAGACAGUGGCGUUGUGAAUAACUGUGUACUUGAGGGUGGCUGUGGAUAUGGAUUUCCAAAAAGUGAUGUCUUGUUGUUGAUCAUCUAAUGGCUGUAAACUGUAGUACUAGAAUAAAAAAAAAAUAGAAAAUCA